CAGAAUGCAUUGCGGAAUAGGGCGGUCUGACGAUGAAGGAUGACCCCAACCAGUGGCAGAGCAGCUUUCUUGGAGCAAUCCGGAAAAGUAUGUGGCUGCAGUAAGGUCACUUUUACCCACUUUUUCAAUGGAUUAUUGUUCCUGAGCUGCCCAAUCCUGAUUGGUUUAUGAAGAACGUAAUGAUCUGCCCCCCCCCCCCUGCGCUGCUGCACACCAUUGUAGUGCCAAAGAAAUGCCAGAGAAACCUGCCGUUUAUACCAGAAAUAGAAAAUAGUCUCAAAGGAGUCCCAGGUGCAGGGAUGAUGGUUUAGCAGAACUACAACCGUCUCUGGGCAGUUCCUCCACCGAGCAGCCAAUCCCAAACCUUCAAGCAUGAAGAGAAAGGAGCUUCCACGGGAGUUCAGGGAUAAGGUUGUGGAACGGCACGAGUUAGGGGAGGGGUAUAAAAAGAUCUCGAGGACUCUGGAUAUCCCUCUCAGCACAGUCAAAUCCAUCAUUAAGAAAUGGAAAAUGUAUCAAACCACCCAGACUCUCCCCCGAUCAGGGCGCCCCUCCAUACCGGGCAGCCGACCAAGGAGGAAACCAGGUAUUUUAAAAGAAGACUUUGGGAUUAUGGAAAUGGGGGUGGAUUCGUUUCUGGAGCCCAAUCAGAACUACCCAGCAGAAGAUUCAGAUGACGAAAUCCAAGAAGUCGAUCCGGAACCUUCAAGUGUGAAGAGGAAGGAGCUUCCACGGGAGUUCAGGGAUAAGGUUGUGGAACGGCACGAGUUAGGGGAGGGGUAUAAAAAGAUCUCGAGGACUCUGGAUAUCCCUCUCAGCACGGUCAAAUCCAUCAUUAAGAAAUGGAAAAUGUAUCAAACCACCCAGACUCUCCCCCGAUCAGGGCGCCCCUCCAAACCGGGCAGCCGACCAAGGAGGAAACCAGGUCUUUUAAAAGAAGACUUUGGGAUUAUGGAAAUGGGGGUGGAUUCGUUUCUGGAGCCCAAUCAGAACUACCCAGCAGAAGAUUCAGAUGGCGAAAUCCAAGAAGUAUCAAUAACAGACAAGCAUUUCAGCGCACCUGAGAGUCCGAGCGUAGAAUCAGCCACAGCAGAUGAGUUCCUUCCAGAGAUCAAUGGAGAAACCUACAAGCCUUCCUGUUUAUCGGAUGUGUCAGAGUGACGCAAGGAAUAGGAUUUUGUAGAGGAAUUGCGCUCGCAGAGUACAAGCUCUUUCAGCAAUUCCAGAUAAUUCCAACUAUAAAAGAAUAGCUUGUAGCAAUAAAGAAGGACCGGAACAUGAAAUGUGUCUUCGCUGGUGCAGAGAAAGCAGCACAAUGUCCUUUGCCCAACAUCAGCUGACCAAGUCAGAAACAUUGGCCAAACAAAGGCCCCUGAGGUGCGGCCGGUGCGGGAGAACCUUUAAAUAUGAGUCUCAGCUCUUUACACACCAGAAAUCCCACAGGGAAGAAAACCUUCACUGCAAGCAGGGAUCCAAUAUGAACAGAGGUCUCGGAAGAGAAACCGUAUAUUUGUCAUGGUCUUACAUCAAAAGAAACACAAAGGGUUAAAUCUU